AUGGCUUAUAAAUCUAGACAUCAUAUCGAAGUAAGCUCAGUUGCACUGGUAGACUUAAAAGCAGAAAUAUCAAGAAGACAGAUUGAAGUUAAACAAAGAGUUGAAAAACAUCCUGAUGGUUGUAAUGUUAUAAGAAAUCGUUCUGCUGAAUUAAAACCUGGAAAAGUAUCACUUUGGAAAACUUCAAAAGAACAAAUCUUAGAAGAGCGCACAAAGUUGGAAUCUGAAAACAUACCCUCCGACGCUAAAGAGUAUGCAGAAUGGGAAAAAAGUAGGAGAGCAUUAGAAGCUAAAGCAAAACUUUACGAUGCUCUACGAGAAGCUGCAAUGUCUGGAAAGAAACCUAAUUUAACAAAGAGAGAUGAAAAUGAUGGAGAUAUUCUGGUUGAUUUUGAACAAAAAGCCACAGAAAAUUUAGAUUUAGUUCCUCCGGAUUCUCCUACACGUUCUUGUUCUUCUUUUAGUAGUGAUGAAGAAUCUGAUAAUUAUCCCGCUGGUUGUAGUGAUGAAGAAUGGGAGGAUUAUACAGAUGAACGUGGUGUCAAACGAGUUUGCAUGCGUAAAGAUCUGUCAAGUCACAUCAAGAAAUCUAGUCCACCGAAACCAGAUGGUCCACUCACAUACGCACAUUUGAGAGAAGGAGAAAUACGUGAUCAUGGUGUUGGAUUCUAUUCUUUUUCUACAGAUCUUGAACAGAGAGAGGCUGAAAUGAAUCGCUUACGAGAACUUCAUCGGGCUACUGAAGAAGGACGUGCUCGAGCUGAAGCAAUUCGAGCGAAAAGAGAUGCUAAAAUGGGUCAACGUCUUGCACGCUUGCGUGCCCGUAAAGGUUUACCAGAUGUAGCGACAGCUGCUGCACAGUGUCUAGGAGAGGCUGCAGUUCCUGCAACACCUACCCCAAUAGGUGCAGAUGCCCAAUCUGAUAUCCGUCUGAGUAACGAUGAUCUAGACGUUGCGUCUAUGUUGCGUAGAUUACGCGAUGAAGCUGAACAUAGAGCUGCUAUCAAUAACAGUAAAUCGAGUGAAUUAACAAAUAGUGUCCCUCCUGACCCUGAGCCUGAACAUAGAGCAAAUUUAGCUGACGUACUGGCAUCUCAAAAUCCAAGCCGUCCAUCCUACGGUAGUAAACAAAGAGAAUGGGAUAAAGGAAAGUCAAUGAUUUCAGCACAGCGUUACAUUCAAGAAGAACGUGAUAAGCGAAUUGCAGAUUUUGCUCCUCCAUCUCGUUACUAA